AUUUAUCGCUAUGAAUACUCUCGUUGGCCUUAUAGUUGCGUGCCUGGCAAUCAACGCCUUUGGUUUGCCGAGUUCGCAGAUUAUCGGCGGCAAAGAUGCUCUAGAUGGUUUAUAUCCUUAUCAGGCAUCAUUGAGAGAUUCAUUAAAUAGAUAUUUUUGUAGUGGAGCCAUAAUUAGUGCGCACUACGUCAUUACUGCUGCACAAUGUCUUGAGUAUGUGAAAGACGAGCCAUAUAAUGUUAAUGUCGCUGUUGGAAGUAAUUAUCUUGAUACACCUUAUGCGUUAUAUAAAGCAACAAUCUUGAUAGUGCACGCUGGUUACAAUGAGUUAUUAUAUCUUAAUGAUAUUGGUUUAAUCUAUAUUUCGGAAACUAUCCUAUUUAACGAAAAGGUCCAGCCAAUUACCUUGCCAGUUGUCGAUCGGAAUUAUGACAAUUAUCCUCUUAUAGUUACUGGCUGGGGAAAACUUUGGGCGGACGGUUCGAGCCCUAAUCAUUUACAAGAAAUUAUAGUAAAAGGAUAUUCUCAAGAAACAUGUAAGAGCAUUUUCAAUAACCUCAAGAAAACUCAUAUAUGUACUUUUACAAUGAUGGGUGAAGGAAUGUGCUAUGGUGAUGCUGGUAGCCCACUCGUUGCUGAUGGUGUUCUCAUUGGUCUCGCAUCCUAUGGUUAUAGGUCCUGUGGUGCAGGUUAUCCAGACGUGUCUACUAGAGUAUUUUACUAUAAAUCAUGGAUUAAUUUCCAUACGGAAUCCAUAAAGAAUUUGAUUCUCAAAUGCAGGAUAUAUAUAAAUGGAAAACAACACGUGCAAUGUGCCACAGUACUUAUCGCUAUGAAUACUAUCACCGGUCUCUUUAUAACAUGCUUGGCGCUCAGGGCCUAUGGUUUGCCAAUUUCACAAAUCGUCGGUGGCAAGAAUGCUACGAAUGGCAUGUAUCCUUAUCAAGCAUCAUUGAGAGAUUCAAAGAACAAUAGACAUUUUUGCGGUGGAGCUAUCAUUAGUAAGAGUUUUAUUAUUACCGCAGCGCACUGUCUUAACAAUCUCAACGAUCCGUCCGAUGUUCUUGUUGGUAUUGGAAGCAAUUAUCUUGAUGCACUUACUGUGUAUCAAGUGGCAAAUUUUAUACAACAUGAUGAAUAUGAUAGUUUAUCGCAAAUUAAUGACAUCGGUCUAAUCCGUGUAAUGCAAAAAAUAAAAUUUAAUGAAAAUAUCCAACCGAUUGCCUUGGUAACUGAAGAUCGCAAUUAUGAAGGUCGUAAUUUUGUAGUAACUGGUUGGGGAAGACUCGAGAAUGACGGUUUAAAUCCUAAUUGCUUGCAACAAAUUAUACUGAAAGGAUAUUCACAAAAAGAAUGCAAUAGGCAUUAUGAAAACAACAUUAGAAAAACUCAAAUAUGUACUCGUACGGAACAAGGCGAAGGAAUGUGUAAAGGUGACUCCGGUGGCCCUCUCGUUGCUGAUGAUGUUCUCGUUGGCCUUGUAUCCUUUGGCAUGCUUCCGUGCGGUAGCGGCUUCCCAGAUGUAUUCACCAGGGUAUUUUACUACAGGGACUGGAUUGACAAUUCCAUACAAGGAUUUGAAUGAGCAUGAAAUAUGUCGAGAUGUGUUCAAAAUGUGAUCCGAACAUUAU